AUGGCAGACGAGACGUCCAUCUUCGACAUUCACGCGGUACACCAGAUCACGUCGACGACAACUAGAUCUCCUUACUCCUUCUUCGCCAGCAAAGCCAAACUUUUUGCCGGAGGAUCAGAAGAUCGACUUGUGACAAUCCAACCAAGCAAAGCAUCCUUUGUCUCCGGCGGAGGAGCCGAUGGUGGAAUAUCCACGUCCGCGGAGCCUGCACAGAUGAUCGAGGUUGCCGAUUCUGGAGCAGAAGAACAGGGUUCUGUCGAGAAGGAGCAGACAUUGAAGAACCGACCAGCCACUCCCCAAGUCACCAAGGGUGAUUCAAUCCACGACAUUGGAGAUGUCGAAGAGCAGCAAUCACUGAUAGAAGACAUGUCAGAGAUCCAACCUGUUGUCGCGGAUGGUGGUAGAUUGGCCGAUAUGUCCAAGUCUCAGGCCAUCGAUCGACUCGAGAACCUAGACAGCUCUGCCGUCGACCAGGAGCCAGCAUCCGAGGACUUUUCGCCCCUAUCAAUCGGUAACGUUGCAGAUGAGGUGGAGUCUAACUCACAAGAUUCCACGCCUACGACACUUGGUUCAGAUUAUACCUUUCCAGAUACAUCGAACUUCGAGAGACUCAACAGAGUAGCAGAUGAACUUCCUGAUUUUGUGCACAUUCCGCUACGCAUGGCGGUGGAGGACGAAGUUUUGGAAGAAUGGGAGGAAGAUUGGUUUGCGCAUGCUGUCUAUGACGCUACCAAGCACGGCAAAGUCGGUGAACCAAGGAUUGAUUUUGUGUAUACUUGGGAAUGGAUCGCUUCCCAUGGUGUCAACCGUUAUCGUGACUGGGACGAGCUGCGCUACUCUAUCAGAAGUGUUGAGAAGCACGCCAGCUCGUUUAGUAACAAUAUUCAGAUUCUCGUCAAUGCAGUCGAGGGAUCUAACGGGAGAAUGAUCAAACAGCGUCCCACCUGGCUGAAGGACGAUUCUGCAAUUGGAGACAGUUUACAGGUCUUGUCGCAGGAAGACUUCUUUGGCGAAGAGGAAGCAGAAUGUCUACCGACAUUCAAUUCUCUGACCAUCGAGAACCAAAUCUACAACACACCCUCGGACACUGAUCGACCCAACAGCUACAAUACAAUCGUACCACCUUCCGAGAAAGACGCCCUGCGAUUCGGUGAGAAGCCAUACCUGAUCUACACUUCCUGGAUGCUGAACCGCCGGUUUGGUUCCCGCAAGAGAAAAGGCCAAGUUCAUUUCGGUCAUUCUCUGUCACGGAGCGUAUACAAAGAAGCCAUGGAAGCUUUUCCUCGACCAGCUCUCAAGAGUGCUUGCCAGAAAUUCAGGGGCGAGACUGGAUUCCAGUUGUAUUCUUGGUAUAAUGCAUUCCAUUACACCAUCGAGCGACAUCGCGAAGCUCUGCUCUGGAGCUACAUCAUGAUCAGAAGUGAUCCCGACGUAAACGGAUACCUCGACUGGCAAGAACGACAAGCUAUCAUCAGUGAUCUCGAGGAGGGCCUAGCCAAUGAAGGUCGCAACUCCUUCCGCAAAAGAAUGUAUUACUACGUGGCCAAGUCGCUCGAGGAUGCAGGUCUAGAGUCCCCCAAAGUCAAUGUCGAAACCACUUGGACAUCUUUGGACGGACCUGUCACCAUCGCAAACAUCGACUGUUUUGAGUUCAAUGUCAAUGAGUGUCUGGCACCUGGCUUCUCAUCACCAUCAUGGGACAAUAGAUCCGACAAUCCUGUUUUUUCGACUGCAGCCAUCUUCGACAGAGUGGCCCGACAAGAUCCUCAAUGUGGCGAUUGUCUAAUCAAACUACUGCUUAACCGUGUUGAGCAAGGUUUGUCGCCUCUUNUGCCACACGCGGACAAGGACGCCGAACAUAGAGAGACGGUUCUCAAGGCUAUGAAGCGAUACUCUUAUGUCGUGGUGGAGCCGGAUGCACUGUUCACUAUGGUGACCGAUGCCGAACAAGUACAAGUGCGACUGAUCGAUCGCCUUGCCGACCCAGAAAAACAGGCUGGUCAACUUUGUCUCAACGACGACGUGACUAGCGAUAAUGAGCCAGAGCUUUUGGCGCUGCGAGAGACGAUAUUGAGGUUGUUUGAUGAGCAUUGGGGAACGCCGAGUCGGUUCGAAGCCUAG